AUGGCCGGCAAAACAUCUACAGUCGUAGCCACGAGCCAGACCAACAACGUCUCAAAAAAGGCUCGCCGUCAUGCCAAAAAGGCAUAUGAGAAGGCCAUAGAGAAGGCCGCCGAGAAGAAUGCGAAGGAUAAGGCUACCUCACAACGCGAAAUCCGGGCUGAAGCCACAGUUGAUCUGGAAGAAAAGAGACGCCGCGAGUGGGUCGCCCGGACAAUAGCUGAACAACAGGCCUACUGGAGCUUGUCGGUUGAGCAGGGCAAGGCCCUUAACCCUAACUAUGUGGAGAUUCCUCAUGUGUUGAACGACGGCGAGGAGAUUGAUCGACUGUUGGACGACUGGUCGGAAUGA